AUGGACAACCAACCCAAGCGAGUGCGGCUCGGAACAAAGAGCUGUACUGAAUGUCGUCGUCGAAAAGUGAAAUGCGUUUUCGACGAUGACCAGGCUGAGUGUCAACAAUGCAACAGACACUCUCUCACCUGUCAGCCGCAGAAUGCAGAAUCUUUCCCAGAAGAUAAAGAUGAAAUCAUUCAAGAGGUUUCACAGUUUGCCGGGCAAGUCGAGGCACGCAUGAUUCGCAUGCAAGCUGCAAUCGACACCUUGGCUAGUAAACUUGACUCGCAAACCAACCCCAAGGCAAACCAUAGAAGUAAUGCAGGCUCUGGAGCCGAGUGCUCUCAGAUUUAUAGCCAGCAAUUUGAGACACCACAAUCGCGGUUGACGGCAUCGCUCAAGGGGCUUUUACCUGACAAGCAGACUCUGCCCAAGAUUCUGGAGUACACUGGGAGGUUCACCAACAAUUGGACCUGCUGGCCUCUGGCAUUGCUGUCAUAUCAACAACAAGAGAACGAAUUCCUCCCUGUCCAAACAGUUACGCUGUUUGAUGCUGGGUUUCCGAAAGACAUCGAGUCAGCGUUGUCGUUCGUUGACAAGUCAAUGCAAUCACCAAACCCCGGUGUUGUCUCAAAAUGCACAGUCUGGCUCUGCCUAUCCUUCAAAGAACUACCCUGGAAGUUCAAAAAACAAGGCGGCGUUCGAGCACCACUAUUGGAGUCAAGUAUCCUUAUUGACAAUUGUAUCGCUAAAGUUGAAGCCCUGUAUCAGGCCAGCUCAACACCGGUCUGCAACAUCGACUUUGUCCAGGCACUGAUCCUUCAAAACGAGCUAUUCCUCUCCAUAGGUCGCCCAACAAAGGCAUGGAAAUGUAUUAGGGCUGGCAUCGAGAACGCCAUGCUUCUGGGCGUACACCAUGGCCGGUCCAACCUUGAUCGAGGUAUAUGGGAGGAGUUGUGGAUACGAGACCGACAGCUUUCGCUAUUCCUUGGGAUGCCCCAGGCAGUCCCAGCGCAAUUGUCGCCCAAAAUAAUAGCAGAAAAGUGCUCAAUGACUGAAAAGGAAAUCUUUCGCAAGAUAGCCACGGUAUCAGGCCUUAUUAUAAGCCAAAACCAAAUGAAAGACGACUGCCCCAGUUCCACAAUCACACGCACCCUCCAAGAAAUGAAGGAAUUAGGUGCAAUGAUUCCGGAGCACUGGACGAAAGGGCACUCGAGAUAUAUCUCUUGUCUCCCGCAAGCCUUUACUCACGCCAACAUCAAGAUCUUCCACCAUACACUUGAACUUAUGAUAAACUGGCCCUACUGUCAAGUGCCAAUCGACGCUAUCAGUUUAGAAGCUGGCAAGGAAAUUGACGACUUUGAAAUGUCAAGGAAGUCCACAGUGGAAGCAGCGGUAGAAAUCUUAAAGGCGCACCAAGACAUGAGAACCCUGGAAGUCGAGCCGCAUGUGGUGAUGAGGGCUGACUUCCUAGAUUUCCUUGCUUUCAAGGCAGCGCUUGUAAUGGCAGCAGCUUUGGAAUGCAAGAGAACCCCUUUCUUAGACGACGUAAAGCAACGAUGCUGGAAAUUGAUAGCUGAGUUGGCGGACAGACUAGGAGCGGCAGCUAAAGCAUUUGGUAACGCAUUUACCAAGCAGGCUGCCCUCACACUCAACAUUCUACAUGGCGCAAGAGAAGGGGAGAUGAUAUGGUCUGGAACGUAUCGAGUAACUAUACCCUACUUUGGGAGACUCGAGAUUUCUGAAGUAUUCAAGGUAGCGCAACUAAUCACACGCAACCGCAAGGAGUCACGCCCAAGGAAGAUGAUUGUCAAGAUGGAAUCGAACCAUGUCACCUCUGGACUGCCGUAUGAGCAUGUGCCGGAACUGGAACUGGAAGCGGACUGGACCGCAGUGGAAUCUAUCAGGACUAUGGAUAUGGAGUAUGGGUGGAAGGGCGUUUUUGAGUUUGAUUGUGUUAAUCAGGUGGCAGGCUUCUGA